UUUGCGAAUCCUGUUGCCCCUGUUGGUCCUCUACUCUUCCUCGAUCGAUGGUCAGAUAUGCUCCCAGCCUCGGCUUGGCCUUUCAAUACAAUUCUGUCAGAAGUGUGGGAGCCCUGGACUUGAUGGUAAGAAGAUUAGUCACACAUAAAAAAAAAUACCCAACACAAAAGUAAAUAAACAUAAUUAGUAUUAACCAUAAUAAUUUUAAUCAACAAAACAUAAGUACACUUACCACUAGUGAAAACGAUUGAGAGUAUUUCAAACAUCAUAUGUCUUUUAAGUAUAAUAUUUUGGUUACUAUUUGAUCACUGUUCUUGGCUCUGCAUUAUCUGCUCUACGAAAUCACGUUCUGAUCAUUUCAAUUCCAUACUAAUAGGGUCAUGUUGACCUCAUUUUUCUUUUCUUUUAAAGUUUUCUCGAUAAUUUUUUGAAGCGCUAAAAUUCUUUAUUUUUUUUAUAUAAAAAUUUGUUUAGAUUUUUGCAUCAAGCGGUAUGGAAAAUGUGGAACAUAUACGGUAGCGGUGGGAAACACGGGCUACGGAAAUUUAGGUGGACCUGCGGGCCUACCACCCCAUGGGUAAGUCAUAAAAAAAAACAGUCAGAUAUAACAUCAUUGUUACGAUUGUAGAUGGAUAGAUUAGAAGUAACUUUAUUAAAAGGACUAUGCCUGAUGGACUGGGUGACUCUCAAUUCAGCUAAAUAUAACGAACUUGUCAGGAUUCCAAAUCGAAAGUAUGUAACACGCAUUCAACAAAUCUAGCACCACUCAUUGGGCAGACAUUCAACUCCCACUCAUUGGGCAGAUAUCCAGCUCCCACUCAUUUGGAAGACAUUCAACUCCCACUCAUCGUUAACAUUUAGAUGAACUAGUUUUCUUUUCGCUAAAAUUAAAUUAAAAUAUUUGGUAUAAAAACAUAAUUGGUAGAAUGCUCUGUAAAUGUGGACAUAAAAUACUAUGAUGUACUAUGGCCACUGUGAUGUACUAUGGCCACUGUGAUGUACUAUGGCCACUGUGAUGUAUUAUGGCCAAUUUGAUGUUCUAUGGCCACUGAGAUGUACUAUGGCCACUGAGAUGUACUAUGGCCACUGUGAUAUACUAUGUAAUAUGGCAACUGUGAUGCACUAUGACCACUGUGAUGUACUAUGGCCACUGCGAUGUACUAUGGCCACUGCGAUGUACUAUGUAAUAUGGCGACUGUGAUGCACUAUGGCCAUUGUGAUGUACUAUGGCCAACUGUGAUGUACUAUCGCCACUGUGAUGUACUAUGGCCACUGUGAUGUACUAUGUAAUAUGACAACUGUGAUGCACUAUGGCCACUGUGAUGUUCUAUGCCCACUGUGAUGCCCUAUGGCCACUGUGAUGUACUAUGUAAUAUGGCAACUGUGAUGCACUAUGGCCACUGUGAUGUACUAUGGCCACUGUGAUGUACUAUGGCCACUGUGAUGUACUAUGGCAAAUGUGAUGUACCAGCCAGCUCUUGAAUUUAGCCGAAAACUGCAAUUUAAAUUCGACUUAUAGGUCGAAUAUGUUUCGUUAAGUUUUAGUAUCGGAAUGAGUUAAGAUAUGUUAACCUUGCCACCGUCCCUGUAAGUGUAGUGCUCUUUUCGCCAGUUCAUUAAAAGACUACGGUUAUAGCAAUACAAUAAAAUAAGUUUCCAUUAUUAUAUUUCUCCAGUACCCUGUCACGUUCCAUUGUUAUGUCUUGCCCAGUUAUUUCUUAUUUUUAUUGUUAUAUUUGUCCCACUUACUUUUCAAUUCCAUUGUUAUAUUUUCCCAGUUAUUUCUCCCGUUUUAUUGCUAAAUUUGUCCCACUUACUUCACACGUUCCAUUGUUAUAUUUUCCCAGUUAUUUCUCACUUUUUAUUUGUUAAAUUGUUCCUAGUUACUACUCGGGUUUCACCAAUGGCCUACCGAGCUCGUGCGCAGAACUUGUGCGUGUCGCGUCAGCUAUACCCAACAGUGCUUUACAGACGUCAUCGUUCACCGUAUACAGCCAGACUGGUGACUGGGGGGCGUCCUUACCACGGGUGAGAUCUUUUACAUUAGUUGAUUGGAUUUUCAUGAACAAAAAUAAUCAUAGGGUAAUCAAAGACAAAAGAAAAGAAAAGGGAAAUAUUUUUUUUUUUUUUUUAAAUACGAAAAUAUUUUUUUUUUCAAAUGCUAACAAACAAACAAAAAUUAUUUUAAAAAAUAAAAAAAAAUUAGAUGAUAAAUAAAUAUUAUUUUUUCAUUAAUACAAUUUUUUUUUAAAUGUAAGGGAAUUGUAUAAAGACCAAUUUACUUUGUUUUUUUUAAUUCUCUUUAUUCUUUAAGUGUGAGAUCAGAUAGCCGUUAAUGAGUCGGAAGGUUUUUAUUUUGGCAACUUAUUAUUUGUAUUUGCAAGGAAAUUUUCUUGAUUUUGCUUUGGAACUCCUCUCCCCCACCCCUACCCACCCAUACCCCCCCCCCACCACACCACUUCCGCAUUAAGUUCGUCUUUCUCGCAGUUGAAGAUAAUGUUACCAUGUAAAAAUUCCACCUUAACAUCUGUGUUAUAGCCGUUAAUGAGUCGGAAGGUUUUUAUUUUGGCAACUUAUUAUUUGUAUUUGCAAGGAAAUUUUCUUGAUUUUGCUUUGGAACUCCUCUCCCCCCCCCCUACCCACCCAUACCCCCCCCCCACCACACCACUUCCGCAUUAAGUUCGUCUUUCUCGCAGUUGAAGAUAAUGUUACCAUGUAAAAAUUCCACCUUAACAUCUGUGUGUAUAUUUUCCCAGGUUUUCUUUAAUCCACUCGUUGCUCAGUUCUUGAACGUCCAGUACCCGCUACACCACUGUCUUGAGAACAACGCUGGCUUCCCCAACAAAGUCUGGAACUACGCCAACCCUUACAAACCUAACCUUGUAAAUGAACGUUUUGCUGAAAUUGUUUAACCCCGAUCUCAAACGUAUCUUCCCCCCCCCCCCCACAAAAAAAAUAUCUCUACAUCAAAACACACAAUGUUCAAUGUAACAAAGCCACAAACGCCACAAGAUGGCUCUGAUUUAACGGAAUAAAAUUCCCGAUAACUCUGCUAAAUGAUAUUCUUUAAAUAUAAGCGACCGUGCUGAGUUAUCUUUUCUUUAGUUCCCCGGAAAUAGUCUCAGUUUGAAGAUUAUGUUUAAAAAUCUGCAGUGUAUUUGGAGGUGGGGUAUUAAAUAUUAAUCAAGUUCAAGGGCGGUAGCAAAUCUGGAGGAGUGGAUCAAUAAUUUGGAAUCGUGUAAAGUGCUUUACUUUAAUGCAGGGUUUUUUAAGCAUCUUUAGUGGAUGGGAACUUAAGACGUUGCCGUCUCCAGUAUUGGUUUGGGCCAUAACUGUUUGUGGAAUAAAUCUGAGGUGCCAAAGUGGGUUGGAACCUAUAAUAUUAAUAUAGUUCAGGGUCGGUGACUCCCGGAUCUGGAGAGGUGGGCGGGGGGGGGGGUAGUAGCACUAAUAGGAAAUUUUAUAAGCUGUUUUACUCGAAUUCAUGUUUUUUUUAAGUUACUUAAGCUGAUGAGAAGUAAGUUAUUCUUUUAUAAAACAUUCAUAGUUGAAUUUCCCAUUUAAGUCGGCCAGUAUCUGUUUUGAUUGAAGUUUAGACAUAAAAUAACUGGUCCCUGCAAAGUCCCUCCGUGUUAUUAUGAAAGCCAACCCUUCAAAAAGUGGAUGGUGUUUUGUAUGUGCACCCUUCCUGUUACACCGUAACUGUAUGCGGCAGACGUUUUAAUUCUUCAAAAGGUUUGUUAACAACGAACAUUAAAGUUAUUCUUUUCCCCAAGCAAACGGAGAUUACUUAAACAAAAAUAAAAUAAUAUCUCCUCAUUAGCUUUAAUAAUACAGAUCCACCUUCUAGUUUUGUGCCGAUAGGAAUCUAACAACACAUUUAGUUAACUCGUAAUUAAAAAAGUGUUGUUUUUUUUUUAAAUUUUAAAUAUAUACGUUUAAAAAAAAUAUUUUUUUAAUAAAUAGAAAGAAGGAAGAGCAAAGAAUCUAAUAAAAAAACAAGUCAAUUGUUAUACCUUUGACGACGAGUUCAUGAACAUUGUCUCACAGACUGCGCGUUGUUCAAUUGGGAAUUCAUUGUUUUUGAAAGGUGCUAACACAUACGUUGUUCAUUUUAAAAUAAAGUGUGCGCAUUUCAUCUGUGUCUACAGAACAACCUGAGGUUGGACAGCUUCUACUUCAACGCCAACGGCAACAACACGUGGUCCUACCAGUGCUACUGUGACUACUGUAGUCGGUGUCAACAGUGUACCAACGGUUAAAUCAAGGUUGCAGCAGCAACUUCAAAAAUAAAAGUCUGGUUAAAACAACAUUGACAGGAAAGGUCUGUUUAAAACAACUUCAACAGGAAAGGUCUGGUUUAAAAAUAACCUUCAUUAGGACAAGUCUGGAAAAGGGGAACUAUAUUAUUAUUAUUUUUUUUUGUUGUUGUAAAUAAAUGCUAUUUAUUAAAUUA